UCUCUCCCUGCCUCCCUUCCUCCCUGCCUCCCUUAUACUGAAAUAAACUUUCAUUAAUUUGAGCCCUCUGAGAAUUUCCAGCACGUGUCACGAUGCUCUGAGAUGUCGAAUUCCUGUGAAUUCACACAGUUUUGUUGUUGUCUUUUUCAGAGAAACGCGUGUGUCUGUAGUUUAAACUACAGCCGCGAUAAUUCCUCUGUUGUGAGAUUAUUUGUAAGAUGUAACAGUGGAUAUUACAAGUAGGAGCUUGGAUGAAAUUUCAAGGCCUGCAUCUAGCUCGACCUAAUUGUAGAUUUUUAAAUACAUCUAUGGAGUUAACGACACCAGAACCAUGUUUGCAAGAGUCUAGGGAAUGAUGAGCUGGAGAAUCAAUGUGAAAUCUAAGAAAAAGAGCUCUUUCCUGGUAUCAGUAUCAGAGCUGAAAAUGGUUCUUUUAUUUAAGAAGUUCUCUGCAGCAUUGUACAGAAUUGUUGUUGUCCUUUGUGAUAGCACUUUGGCUGAUGAUUAUCAGAGUGGCAGUCUAGAAGAUGGCUGUCCAGCAGAAGACAAAGGUGAUGACAGAGAUAAAUCUGAUGUCCAGGAAGUAAGAACUGAUCAGCAAACAGUGGAGAGCAUGAUCAUCUCUCUUCACAAGUGUCUGUGGAAUCCCGACAAGUUGUCAGGAUGUAGCUCUACUUCAGGUUCUCGAGGUGAAAGCACUGAAACACACAUGCUGAAAUUCUGUGAACCUUCCCCAGGACAACCAAGUAAUGCAAAGUCAGAUACUAGUCCACAAACUUUGAAAUCUUGUGAACCUUCCCCAGGAAAACCAGCAGACUCUUCUGACUUGGAAUGUUCUGAAGACAUGGACAUAAAUACUCGGAUUCAAGCAGCUAUAAAGAAAAUGAAUAAACUUGAUGCAAUACUUGAAAAACAGUGUUUUAAGGAAAAAGCAGUUAAAAAGCGAGGCAGAGAAAUGAGGGCAAUGCUCUGGGAAGAACUUCAGUGUAUCAGAACCACAGGAAGCAAUGAGGAGGUGGAAAACAUAAACAAGUUUUUAGCUGUGUUCGCAUCAUGGCAUAAUACAGCUGAUCUCUCCCAUACUAAAGAAGAUGAAAUAUGUACUUCCGUAUUUCACCCACACACGAAUCCUGAAGAUUAUGAUUGCCAUAAAGCCCAAGAAAACCAGGAUUAUCCAAGUGAAUUGGAAACAGAAAAAACAGCAGAAAAAACGCAUAGCAAAAAUAAAACCAACCAGCAUUUCAUUAAAAAGAACAUUGAGCUAGCAAGGGAUUCAGGAAACCAAUUUGUUAUGCUUGAGGGAGAAAGGAAAAGGCUAACUGAACUAUUGAAAGAUACAGAAGAUGGAACUGAAUUGCAAGAUCUUGAGGAGAAUGUACCUGUCUGGCAGGCACCAGGAGAAGGAUACACACCUGAACUGGUGGAAUUUCAUCUCCUGAAUGAGAUUGACAGUAAGCUUCAACUUCUACUAUCUGAUGGGGAGCUUCCUGCUCUUUCCAGCUCUAGCUCAAAAUGUCCAAGCCAGAUGUAUCAGGAGCCUCUGGUUUAUGCAAGCCGAAGCCUAGAAACCAUUCCAGGUGAAAAAGUUCUGCGGGACAAUAAGGAAAAACGUGAUCAACAGAAUCGUCUGAAAGAAAUAGAUUAUCAACUGGAAUCCCUAGAGAGAAGUCUUACUGAAGAACAAACGAGCCUCUCUGAAGAGCAGCUUAAGACCCUUCUGGAAGAAUGUAUGCAGCCUCAGAGAACAAUAAGUAACGUUACCAUGCCACAGUCUCAGGAAUCUCUUUCUUUUGGAUUAAGUCCCCCUUGUUACACAAGUCAAGACUCCACUCUUCACUCUACAUCUAGUCUUUCCAAAAUGUUAGUUGAAGACCAUAUUGUAGGGAUGUUAAUGGCUCAGGAAAAGGCUGGAGUCGAAGACAAAAGCUUAUGUGUUAAUGCAGAGAGCAAAAUCCCUGGCUACUAUACCAGCAAAGCAUUGGCUGGUAGUCACUUAUCAAAGGAUUCACUGGCCCAAACAGAGGAACCUGAUGACCUAGAAGGUUUACAGAAGAUGGAAGAUAAGAGUAUUACUGAAGGUUACUUUAUGUCAAGAGCACUCAACACAAAAAGAUUGAAGAAACCUUCUUUCUUGGGUGAACCAUUAUAUUGCAUCAGCAUGAACAAUGAGCCAUCCACAGAGGCUGACAUUCUCAGCAUACCACUGCAAACCAAAGGAGAUGCAGGCAUCAGAGGAGCAGAGUGAGGGAAGAGAGUGGUCUGCCCAGAGGAGAGCAGGGUGGCAGUGGUGCUCAUGGGGAGCAUCACAGAGGUCAGCUCUGCCAGGGGCAGCCUGAUCUCGUGCAGGAGCAACAUGAUUCCAUACUGCACCACCAGGCUUCUUUGGCAACCAACAGUGAGAAAAACUCAGUGACUUGCUGCCUUCUCUUGAGUUAAAAUUCUCCUUUAGUCCAAAGAGAUGUAGCGUGGUCAGAGGCAAGUGUGACUCAGCCCCAACUACCAGCUCCCAUUAUGAGUGUGUUUUAAGAAUGAAUGUGUUAAAUCAUGGAAAGCGCUUUGCACUGUGGCCACUGGGUAGUGAAGUGAGCAGGUAACUGUAGAUGUUGUCACUGUGAGGUCAUUUUAUUGCACAAGAGAGGAAGGAGAUUUUCAAUAUUAAGUGGAUUUCAUAUGGGACAUCUCAUUGUAGAAGUCUACAAGGUGAAUGGGUUAACAUUUAUCACAUAAUAAUUUAAAUAUAUUUGAGUCAAAAUCAUGUGUUUCAGAGUAAUGUAAUGGGAUAUUUCAAUUACCUGUUUUCACUAGUGACUGAAACAGAUGAUGAGUAAUGUUUAAUCCUGUAGAGCUCAAAUCCAUGUGGUUUAUAGGAAUCUUGGUUUUAUGAUGUUUUUGCAUACAAAUUCUUUUUUUGAGAGGGGAAGUAUUCUGAAUUUUCAGUCCCUGAUUUUUUUCAUUUUUUACUGAGAAGCUAAUUAAUUUGUUUCCUACAAAGGUGACUCAGUUCUGUCUGAAGCAAUUAGUUCUGGACAUAAGCCAAAGGGUGUGUUAUUUAUUGAAUUUGUAAACUUGCUUAACGCAUUCUGCAGAUAAUUUGCUUGUUAGUUCAGACAUGAUUAAAUGUGCUAAUUGUAUUGAGAAAUAGAGAUCCCAGUGCAAUCGAGUUUGAGGCAAAUAUAUCUGCAGAUGAAGGUAUGAGAAAUGUCAUGUGUAAUUUUAAUUUGUAAGAGAUAUUUGCAUAGUUGCAUUUUAUUAUUGUCUUAAUUCUAAAGGACAUUUAAAUAUGUAUGCAUAAUCUUCUGCAAGUAGUUUGAUUUUUUUGCCCACUCUACAUACAGUUUAAAUUAUUUGUAAUGCUGACUAAGGAAAUAAAGUAGUGUGAAACUGGUUUAGCACAAUUUCAGUUUUGUAUUCCUUAUGGUACUGUAGUCUGUGAUAGAGAUUUACUGUAAUACAUUAAAUUAUAUAUAUUUUCAGGAAAGCGUAAUUAUUAGUAUAACGCAUAUAUAUGUAUAUAUAUGAAGGAAACUCUCGUGUGCCUUCAAAGAUAAGUAAUGAUUAUUUCUUGAAAGAAGCACUAAUCUAUACCCAGCUCAUAUGUAUGUAAACACAGAUGAUGUUUACUGAGGUUAGCAUAAUCCAGACUUGCCCACAUGCAGAUAUGAAAAGGCUGUUAUUUCUCAUAGUUGUAUGAGCCAGUAAAUUAUCAUUUCCAGCUCCAUUUUGAGGGGCUAUAUUAAGUUUUAAGUAGAAUGAACCGUUUUUAUAUUUUGUUUUUGCAAAUAAUUUUGUG